CUGUGUUCUCUCCCUCUGUCAGAUCCAGAUAUGCAACUUUAUAACGGCCGCGUUUUUAAAUGACGGCGUGGUUUCAUUGUUUGUGGAUUUAUUUAUUUCUUCCAUUCUCGUCCUGCACAGAGGAAAUCUGCUCGUCUGGACUCUAGAAGCGAAAAACAUGAAGGUCUGGGAGGUGAUCUGGAGCAGGGUAGAGGAGGAGUAGGGCGCUCCCGUCUGGAACGUUUCCCACCGUUUCCUGUACUUGAUCUCUGUUGACUUCCUGAUGAAGUACUGCACACCUCUGAGUGAUGAAGGCCUCUCACACGCUCCUCGCCCUCUUCCUCCUCUACGGGACCGUGAGUGUGUCCGGGAGGACUGUGGAAGAAACCGUGGAAGAAUGGAACCGCUACAGAAGUGAAUGCCUGCUCCGGAUGAGUACAGAACCCAGAGCCAAAGGAGUGUUCUGCAGUCGUAUGUUUGACCGGUACGCUUGUUGGACGGACGGACAACCCAACUCUACAGUCAAGGUGCCUUGUCCCUGGUACCUGCCCUGGUACGACCAAGUGCGGAGUGGAUUUGUGCUGCGGGAGUGCGGCCCCGAUGGUCAGUGGGCCACCAGCAACUCCAGCCCCACCUGGAGGGACCACUCCCAGUGCACACCUGACAACGGGCAGCAGGAAGCUCAGGAGAAGCAGAUGACGGUCCUAGCCUAUUUCAGAGUCAUGUACACGGUGGGUUACUGUCUGAGUCUGGCCAGUCUGUCUCUGGCCUUGAUCAUCCUGCUGUUCUUCAGUAAGCUUCACUGCACCAGAAACUACAUCCACACCAACCUGUUUGCAUCGUUCAUUCUACGAGCUGUUUCCAUCCUGAUCAGAGACGCUCUGCUCAGCAGAAACCCUCCCGAGUUCAGAGACAACAGGGACAUCUCUGAUGUGCUCAGUGACCAGGCAGUGACCGGCUGCCGCGUGGCUCAGGUGCUGAUGCAGUACUGUGUUGGAGCCAACUAUUACUGGCUGCUGGUAGAGGGCCUGUAUCUACACAACCUGCUGGUGCUGAUGGUGUUCUCUGAAAACCGCUACUUCUGUGGAUACAUGUUCAUAGGCUGGGGAGCCCCGGUGUUGUUUGUCGUUCCUUGGAUUAUUGUACGUUACCUGUUUGAAAACACAAGAUGCUGGGAGAUAAAUCAAAACCCGGCAUACUGGUGGAUAAUACGCACCCCUAUCCUGAUGGCUAUAAUGGUGAACUUCUUUGUCUUCAUCCGCAUCAUCCAAAUCCUCAUAUCCAAGCUGAAAGCCCGUCAGAUGAGAUACACCGAUUACAAAUUCAGACUGGCCAAAUCCACCCUGACCCUCAUCCCCCUGCUAGGCAUCCACGAGGUGAUCUUCGCAUUGCUGACGCAGGAGCACGCAGAGGGAGUCCUCCACAACGUCAACCUCUUCUUCCAUCUCUUCUUCAACUCCUUCCAGGGUUUACUCGUUGCCAUCCUCUACUGUUUUGUCAACAAGGAGGUGCAGGCGGAGUUGAAGAAAGCGUGGCAGAGGUGGAAGCUGUGGAUGACUGACCUGUACGACCUCAGGAACACGUCGCAGGUUGGUGCCAACAGGGCUCGCUCCAGCCAGGGAUACCAUCUGUCUCCUUACCUCCCACCUGCCCAGGAGGUGAACCACCUCUCCUCCACCCAUCCGCCCGCUUCCCACCCUUACGCCAACCACCAGGAGCAGCUGGGGAACGGGAAGCCCAGGACGUAGCGCUACAUCUCCGCUUGCAGACCGGAUGGGAGCGGGAGAAGAGAAAGAGGAGGUGACCUGUGAAAGCUGAACGUUCAGAAUAUGUUUUUAAACCACUCUUUGACUGUUGACGGAGAUCAAGCUGAGUGGAUGGAGGACGCUGCAUUUCAUUUCAUUCAUGCUGUGGUGCCUAAAAGCAGCAGUGACUCACUUGGACCUGCAAAAAGGAACAAUUUCCAUUUGAGGAUAAUUUGUACUCCAAGACUCAUAUCCUGCAUAUCCUCAAUCUCUUAUUUUAUUUCCAUAGAGAAAACAAUGUAAUUUUAUUUAUCUUUUUCUACCUCUGAAAUGAUGUUCAAAGAUGUAUAUGUGCCAGACAAGUUCAGCAGAACAGCUUUUUGUUUUUUUUUUUUUUACCACUAACAGGAUAAAACCACAUCACUCCACUCCCCACUGGCCGCUUUUGAGACGAUAACUUUCUGCUGUACGGCUGUUGGAUCUUGUCCGCGUUUUUCAACAAAUGUUUUCCCUACAAAUUAGUGCAAUCAUGCACAACGAGCACCAGAAACUCCCAAAAGACAAACAAAAGUUAUUCCCCUAAUGAGAGUCAAUGCACUGAAAAACCGCAGUCUCACCUGAACCGGUUCCUCAGUUCAACGGGAGGUCUUUAUUUUCACUUCAGUGUUUUUUUUGUUUUUUUUUUGUGCUUUUCCACACCUUGACUCGGAUUUUUGCCCUCGCCACAACCUCGAGAUGCUGAAUGCAGCCUCUUUUAUCACAGAAAAAUGUCAGUAAGCUCUUUUGCUGGCCCUUUUUUUUUUUUUUUUUUAAAUGUGUAGCAUCUAAUUUGGACCUUUUGGAAUCGAAAUUAAACUUAAGCGCAAAGAUACAGCUGUCUCUGCCGCCAUCUAGUGGAAAGAUUGAGAAUUCUCCCUGAGGGGAACGUAUUUAUUACAAAAACCUAAUAAGCAGGUUUAACAGGUGUGUUUUUCUAUGAGUUCAGUAUUUAUAUAAAAGUCACUUAAAUCAAUGUUUUCUGAAUUUCCAAUAAUAAAAACGUGGGAAAAAAUGCUUUAAGAGCUGUGUAAUAAACUGAUCACUGAGGCCGAAUCAGCUCCUCCCUAACUCAACUCACCAUGCAGCAACUUGCUCUUAGUAGCGAAUCAAAUUUUCCACGAGCCGAUCCUGAAAUGAUGCGUUCUUUACUGAUGCUACAGACUGUGACUUCUGUUCUGGCUCAUUUGUUUUGUUUCAAUCGUCCGAACUCGCUGACAGACGUAGGCAGCAGAUGCAUCUGAAGAAAUGAAUCAGACAAACCAAAAAUAAAAGUCACCUUUUUAUGAUAUUUACAUUAUCCCAAAAAAAGAAAUACACUUUAAUAAGUCAGAACAAAAUGGAGUUGAAGGAAGAGUGGAGCUAUAGAAGACAAAAACCCUUAAAAAAAACAAAAAAAACAAAAA